AUGUACAAACUAGUCAUUGUGGGAGCGCACCUCUCAGUGCGUCAGAUAGUCGCGCCUCCCCUCACUUUAUCGAGCUCCUCCCCUCGUCGCGCCUCCCCUCCCAUGCCACCGUCGUUUCGUGGGGCAUCUCCUCGUGCCUCGCUUCCCGUCGUGGCGCCGCGCCUCGCCGCGCUUCCUGUCCCAUCUCGCGAGCUUUUCCGUCCGCCCGUCGCUCGCCAAUCUGCACGUAGCUCUCCCUUCCGCCCAUCGCUCUCCUUUCCGCCCAUCGCUCUCCCUUCCGCCCGUCGCCCUCCCUUCCUCCCGUCGUUCUCCCUUCCACCGUCGCCCUUCUUUCCCGUCGUCGUCCUCCCUUCCGCCCGUAACCCUCCCUUCUUCCCAUCGCCCUCCCUUCUUCUCAUCGCCCUCCUUGCCGCUCGUCUCCUCGCUUUCCCCGUCAACCUGUCUCCUUGUCCGCCGUCGCAAUCUCCAGGGUUCCCCUCUCUCCUCGUCGCACUCGCGUUCCCCGUCUCCUCGCUUUCCCCGUCUCCUCGUUUUCCCUGUCGCCAUCCAAUGCUCGUCGCCCUCGCCCGUCUCCCUUCCCAUCUCGCACACUUGUCACCCUCCCAUCUCUCCCCCCACUCACUCCCUUCCACCCAACAAUCCCCUUCGAUCCCCCCACUUAUACCCCCUCCUGCACUGCUUCCCUCUCUCCCUAUUCCCACCAUUCUCUGCCCAGCUCCCCACCAUCCUCCGCCCUGCUCUCUCCCCGGCAUCUGCCCCCUCCCCCUUCUCCCUGUCCCCGUUCCCCCUGUCCCCCUUCUCACUGUCCCCCCCGUCUCUUUGUCCCCCGUCUCCCAGUCCCCCUUCUCUCUGUCCCCCUUCUCCCACUCCCCCGUCUCCCUGUCCCCCUUCUCCCUGUCCCCCUUCUCCCUGUCCCCCUUCUCCCAGUCCCCCUUCUCCCACUCCCCGUCUCCCACUCCCCCUUCUCCCUGUCACCCUUCUCUCUGUCCCCCUUCUCCCACUCCCCCUUCUCCCACUCCCCCUUCUCCCUGUCCCCCUUCUCUCUGUCCCCCUUCUCCCACUCCCCCUUCUCCCACUCCCCCUUCUCCCACUCCCCCUUCUCCCACUCCCCCUUCUCCCUGUCCCCCGUCUCUUUGUCCCCCGUCUCCCACUCCCCCUUCUCCCUGUCCCCCUUCUCUCUGUCCCCCUUCUCCCACUCCCCCUUCUCCCACUCCCCCUUCUCCCAGUCCCCCUUCUCCCUGUCCCCCGCCUCUUUGUCCCCCGUCUCCCAGCCCCCCUUCUCUCUGUCCCCCUUCUCCCACUCCCCCGUCUCCCACUCCCCCUUCUCCUUGUCCCCCUUCUCCCAGCCCCCCUUCUCCCUGUCCCCCUUCUCUUUGUCCCCCGUCUCCCAGUCCCCCUUCCCUCUGUCCCCCUUCUCCCAGUCCCCUGUCUCCCACUCCCCCAUCUCCCAGUCCCCCUUCUCCUUGUCCCCCUUCUCUUUGUUCCCCAUCUCCCAGUCCCCCUUCUCUCUGUCCCCCUUCUCCCACUUCCCCUUCUCCCACUCCUCCUCCCACUUCCCCUUCUCCCACUCCCCCUUCUCCCUGUCUUCCUGCUCCCUGUCCCCCUUCUCCCUUUCCUCUUUCUCCCUGUCCCCUUCUCCCUGUCCCCUUUCUCCCUGUCCCUAAUUCCAGCCCCCGUCCUACCUACACGUGCACCAUAUACCACCAACCUGCACCACCCCUUUCCAUCCUGCCAGUUAGUCUCCCACAGUUGGGACCAGGGCUGUCGAUUCAAGGGCAUUUGCCCUUAAUGCCCUGA